AAGAUUAAAGUCAUAAAAUGUGUGAAACAGAGUUAGAAGUGAUAGAUGGCAGCAGAAUGGGCCAGGAGAAGAGAGAUCGGGAAGUGGAAAUUCAACCACCAUGUUGGGAUGAUCCUGACUCAGUGAUAGACUUAACACAGUGUCCAGAAAGAGCGAGUAUGGGCAAUGGGAAGCAAUUCAGGUAGAUGGCCAGCAUCUGGGAGAUCCCUCUAGAGCCCAACUGUUCUAGAAGGGAAGAGGAGAAAAGCACUGCAGAGUUUAGAAGCAGGAAAUGUGCAGAGUUAUAAGAAGACACUUGGCAAGAGGGAAAUUUGGCACCUGGGAUGGUGGUUUUAAAACUUAGAGGAAGCUCAUACUUUGAACUUGUGCGCAGCGAAGGUUGCAGCUGAGCAGAGCUGAUCAGGAUGGUCACGGGUGUGCAGCUCACUAUCUUUGCCAACAUGAUUGGCGUGCUGAUCUUCUUGCUUGUCAUUGUCUAUCACUACGUGGCCAUCAACAAUCCCAAGAAACAGGAAUGAGAGUGGUGCUUUCUUAGCCCCGUGUUCCAGGACAUAGUUUGAGGCAAGAUGGAGGAUAUGAGGGGCCUUUAC